AUGCCAGUUCAUCCCGAAAUUAUCUCAAAGGAAUUAAAGAGAGAUCUUUACUAUGGUAAUGAUUGGGGUGGAGGAGCUCGUUGGGCAUUUUUCGCCAUUUUCAUCGUGUUGAUAAUUAUUGUUAUCAUCGGAACAUUGAGAAUCAACAGAGCCAGAAGCAGACAAGGCAUUCAACCCUUAUAUGGAACCAGAUGGAUGACACCACCUUCUUAUUUGCAAUCACAAGACCAGUAUAAUCAACCUACCAGGAGAGACCCUGAUAUGCCAAACGCUUAUGUUCCAACGUACUCCGAAAGAGCAAAUGACAAUGAUAUGGGAUAUUAUGACAACAGUGGAACCUUCCACCCCAAUCCAAAUGCUAAAGGGCCAUUGAUGCCUGAGCCUGCUCACCAGAGAUCAUCAUCGAAUACAGACGGAAUCCCUCUCACCGAUUACAAUCAAACAGGGAGUUCGGUUCCAGGUACUGUUUCUGAUGAAUAUGAUGACAUGUUUAGACGGCCACUGGGACCACCACCAAGGAGCACAACUACCGAAACAAUUUACGAAAGACCUACAAAUCCCCCUCCAACUCAGCAUCAAACUUGA